AUCAGUGAAAAAUAAUGCCGGACUGCUGGCGAUGGAGUUAAAAAAGUGAUUUACGAUUUUUACCGAUGCCGCAUGAAGGAAGUGAUUCGAAGUCGAGAAAAGUGCGAUAAGUGCGAUUUGUGCGAUUUGUGCGAUUAGUGCGAUUAGUGCGGUCCGGAAACUUCGAUGCCCGACGUCGUCAUGAGCGUCGCCGACGUCGAGCGCGGCGAAUCAUUUCGAUCGGACGAAGCGACUGGAGGAAAUCAAAAGCCGCGCGUUUCAUUUAAUAGAGACGUGCAUGUCAAACGAAUAGGACCUCGUGGCGUAGCGGCUUCACCGAACGGUUCACCGAAAGCGCCGGUCCGCAAACAGCGUUUGGGAAAAGUUUCUGAUGAGGUGCUAGCACGAGAGGCUGCCCAUGUAUUCCGCCAAGCCGAUAGCGUGCACUGUCAAGCAUUUCCUUCCUCAGGAAACGAUAAGUUCUUUUCAUUGCCGCUGCGCGGAAAGAAAUCCAAUUCUGGGGGAUCCGUCGGGAGAUCCAACUCAUUGAAAAGUAAUAAGCCGCGGGCAUCAAUAUUUAAUAUUUUCAAAAAACCCGAAUCGACAUCUCAAGAUGAAAAGUUGUCUCGAAGCAGGCCUGUCGGUAGAAGCAAAAGCGACGUUAGCGACAAAAGGCACGGUGAACUAGUUACUAAGUUACGAAAUAAAACUAACAGCGAAUCCGAAGACCAUUUGCAACCUACGAGCAGUCAGAAAAAGCAGCUGUCCCCUAUAAUUGAAACCUCGCCUCGUGACGAUUAUUUCGGAAAAACAAACCCUCUAGAUUUACUUAGUGGCAAUAAAGAAUCUAUGACAAAAGAUGAACUAAUUGCGAAAAAAAGUAAAAGCAAAGAAAAUAUCAAUACGACUUCAAAAAAAUUAAAAAUUGAUAAAACUAAACAAACAAAGAUCAAAGAUAAAGAAAAUAUAAACCCCGACACAAAAACAGUUGAUACGGUUGAUUUCUUGGCUAAUAGCAAUGCCGCCGAUAAUAUUAAGGAAACUAUAAAUAUACUCGGGUAUAAUACUGCACAAGAAAAGUCAGAAGAAAUGAUACAUAGCAGUCAGAUGCCUACGGAAAGACCGCCGCUAACUAAAGGAAAUACUGUAGAUUAUUUAGUAAAAAAAUUAUCAAACGAAACAGUAUCGCCUUUGCAUUUUACCAAUAAGCUAAUUGCACCAGGAGCACUGCAACACAAUAAUAACCGACCAUUUUCGUAUACGAAACCUCUUAUAACAGAUGAUGUAAAUAUGCGAGAUUAUCCUUCCGAUAAUAUUAAAUCUAACGUUGCAGAACAAAUAACUUAUGCUCAAGUUAUUUGCAAUAACGAUAGCAAUGGAGUUAGUAAGCAAACAGUACACACGAAUUUUGCUAAAUCCAAAACAAACUCUGACGAGGACGAAGGUUUCGGACAUGAGGAGAAUAGAAAAUUGAACGCGAGGCGUUAUCCAAAAACUGAAGAAGCAUAUUUAAAUUUAUCUGAUCACAAUAAUGACGUAGAUUCGCCCAUAACUCCUACACUGAGAGAGUACAGUCCGGACUCUUACAAUAACAAAUUAAAUAGAACUGGAUACGAAGAGCGUCUAUUCAGACGAUUCGAUGAUUUCGAGUUGCCUGCGCGCGGAACCGCCGAUGGAAUGGACGCAAAACGAAAAGAGAGCCUAACAGAACCAAAUCUGUACCUACCAAAUAUCAACGAUGUAACAGAACUAAGUCAUAGAAGAGAUUUAUUGCAAUCGCGAAUCAAUUCACGCAGGUUAACUGAUUUAAAUAAUAUAGAAUCCGAUAGAGAACCAUUCAACAAAUAUUUAUUCAAUAAGAAUGAUUCUUUACCUACUACUACCAAAUAUGUAACGGAGACAAGGUCGCAAUAUUAUAAGGAGGGCAGUAGAAGUCCAAUCGGAUUCACAGAAAAAAUUGUUACCAGAACACAUCUAGACGACGAAGGAAAACCAUUCACAGAAAAAUCUUACUUGAAAAACGAUUGGCCUUACAACAAUCUAGAAGCAAAUCGAAAAUUAUUUUUAGAAUCACAAAUAAACAAUGAUAAUUUUAGUUCAACUUAUUCGCCCACAUUCAAUUAUGAAAAUUUUUAUGAACCAAGGAGUCUGGAUUCUCAAAUAAGCGAUAAUUUACAUAAAGAUGAAAAACACUCGCAACGAUUUGCUACACGUUUCAAUAAAUAUUCAAAAGAUGACAGAUUUCAUCAGAACAUAGAUCACUACAGAUCAAAUCCGGAGAUAGUCUCGAGAGAAGACUACAUGUUAAAAUCUGCUCAGGGUUCUGGAAAACAAGAAUCAUAUCAUAACUCAUUGCGACGUCAGAAUAAAGAAGAGAGCACCAAAAAAAGGUAUAAAUACGGCGACAUCGUUGAACCCAGUAUGAGCAAUAGAAAAAUUGAGCAUGACUCCAGGCAUUUUGAUUUAGAUCGUGAAAAAAAGGAUAGGCUAGUCGAUUCGGGUAUCGAAAAUGAUUAUCGUAGAGAUAGCAAUGGUGAAAAUGAUUUUAAUAAGUUUUCCGAUCGACAUUAUUUACACAGGAGUAACGAAAUGCACAACGGAAGUGAGGAAGAUAUUAACUCUUCGUUACAUAUAACUAAUGAAACACGAAAUGUAGACAAUGACUUGAUGUACCAUAGAGACUUGGAUAUUUAUAAAUAUAAAUAUCGCAGUGACGAUAAUUAUCCACAUAACGAAACAAAUAAAUAUACAAGCGAUGAUGGCUACAAAAAUUAUGAUAACGACACUAAAAAUAACAGUCGAAACGAAUUUGCAUACAGAGAAAGAAGUAUUGAUGAUGGUUCCUUCUACGAUAGUAAGCUCGACGAGGUUAUUAAUAAAAAAUCAACGAAGUUACGAAGAAAUAAUCAAAUCGACAAAAAAACUUCAAAUGAAGAUAAGAAGAUGAGCAAUUUAGAUAAAGUUAGACAACUAUUUUCUUCCAAAAAACAAAAAAAGGAAAAAUUAGAAAGUAUGGUAAAAGAAGAAGAUCUUAGAGCUCGAUACACUGAAUAUAAGGGCAGCUCUACAGCCCUGGACAAAGAUUUAGAGAACAGAAUACAUGUUUCGGAAAGUGCUUCCAAAAUAUCUACAGAUCCUAGACCGGAAGAAAUAAACGAUUAUGGUAACAGAAGGCGAUUGUCGACCCCUAGCCCAACACGCCGCGAGAUUUCAAGCAAAAAGAACGGGGGUAGCUGGUUCAGAAGCUUAGACCGGCUAACCAAGCACUCGAAACCGAACGGCAAGAAUAAGAGUCUCAUCGAAACCCUCUUACCCCAGAAGUAUCCCUUAUCAUCGACACCUUCAAGUAGAAACGCAUCGCGUUUAAGUAAAAGACAUGAUUUAUCCACUUUAUCUGAUAUGAGACGCAGUCCAAUGCCACAUAAAAAUUUACGAUUUUUUGGCGACACCGACUUAGAAUCUAACGCUAGCAUUUCUAAACAUAAAACUAGCACGAGAACCAGACCACCUCUGGAUCGAUCUAAAAACGUAAAACACUAUUCCAGUACUCAACUUCUAUCGAAUGCUAAUAAGGAUAGGAAGGUAACAUCUUCCCUCAAUGCUCUGAACGUAGACAGCAAUAUAGAUGGUAGAAAAAAUUUAUUAUUGAAUAGCUGCAAUCAAGAAAAAUUCAGCAACAGGAAUUUGCGUAAUAUAUCUGAAAACCACAACCAGUCUGAAACGAGAAUCCACGUGGAAGAACCGAUGAUUAAGAAUAGUUACAACUAUAGAUACGGCUCUAACAGAGAAAAUAACAAAUUUACGCAGAAUGAUCGUAGCGAUAGUAUAUUAGUCAAAAAACCGCCGAUGAGCCCCCUCAAGGAAAAAAGAGAAAAUGACAAUAAUACAAUUUCUAGAGAUACUUUGAGCAAAAUGCGAAAAUCAAAAUCCGACUUGAGUGAUGGAGACUAUCGCAGAAAACGACCUGAUAUUAUGGCUGGUGCAAGUUCUGUGGAAAGCAGUACGGAAGGUGACUCAAGUCAAAAUAGUAUAGUAUAUUUGCACGCUGCUACAGUUGGCGAUAUUCCGGGACCUCGUCGGCGUAAUAGACGUUCAGUUUCUAGAGAAGAAUUAUCAUCAAUAAAUUCUUCAAGACUUCAACCGCAGGUAAAAACAAUAUCCCGGUCCAUAUCAGUGCUCGCCCCGUGGAAACCACGUCACGUACGAGAGGGCUACGACAUCAAUUAUUCCCAGACUCAAAACUAUCUAACAAACGGAAGGAAUAAGUCGAUUCCGCAUAAUUCAAGCAUGAGCAGCCACGAUUCAAAUCAGAAAUAUAAAUUGCGAAACGAUGGCGUUGACAGCAAAACGCUCGGCAGACGACCAAGAAACGAUAAUAAUGAAAAACAUUCCUCGAUCAAUACCUUAUACAGAAAACAUCGUCACAAAAACAGUCAUGAAAGCCUCUCCGACCGAAAGCUGCACACAUCGUCAAAAUCAGCAACACUCGAAAGGCGUAAAAUUGAUAACGGCCACGGCGGCUCAAACGAAGCUUUGGGGGCCCAAAGUAGCAGCAAUCGCAGAGCGAACAUUUCGAGAUCUAUCUCGAUGCCCAGAGAUACCGGCAAAUCGGCUGGAUGGUUUAGAAUGACAAAAAAUAGUAAAAAAAAUUAAGAUACUUGAUGAAAAUAUCAAGACAAAGUUAUUAAUUUAGUGCUAAUUUAUUGAAUUUAUAUAAAUUGGCAUUUAAAAUCGUCAAAGAACUAGUUCAAGCUAUUCAUGAAUUCAACCAGCAUUGUUCUCUUUUGAUUUAUAAUUACGAUAAAUUUAGAAUGAUGAAUUUUAAACAUGAAUAAAGAUGAUUAAUUAAAGACUAUUG